AUGUCCUUAUCGCUUCCUUCUCGAUACGCUUUCUUCGCCUCCGGCUCGACGACUCCUGUUCGCAUCAGCAGGAGCAACCUCUGCUUCGCCGUCGCCUCCGUACGGACUUCUCGCCGGAAUUCUAGAUCGUUCCCUAAACCUAUCCUCCUCCGCCACGUCAUCUCUCCUCGGUCAAAUUUCGAGAUCGUUCGUGAUUCUAGAGCUCAUGCGUCGUCAAUCGGAUCAUACGAAGACAGCUCAGACGCUAAUUCCGAUGGUUUCGAUUUGGGAAGCUUUAUUUCAUUCGCGGAGGUUCUUUGUAUUGUAUCCUCCGCCGUGAUUUCGGUGGUUCUCGCCGUGAAUUACGCGGUGGUUGGUGAAAUCGGGAAAAAGGUUUUGUCGUUAGGUUUCGUCGGGUUGAUUGGGUCAGUCGCGGCUGGUUCGUGGCUUAGACGGCGACAAUGGAUGAGGAUUUGCAAAGGAACGAGAGAUGGCGAGGGGACCAAUUUGAUUCGAAGAUUGGAGAAACUUGAAGAGGAUUUAAAAAGCUCGACCACCAUUGUUAGAGUUCUUUCUAGGCAUCUUGAGAAGCUAGGGAUCAGGUUUCGAGUCACUCGAAAAGCUCUUAAAGAACCCAUUUCCGAGACUGCAGCUUUGGCUCAAAAGAACUCUGAGGCCACAAGAGUAUUAGCUGCACAACAAGAGAUUCUGGAGAAGGAGCUUGGCGAAAUUCAAAUGGUCCUGCUUGCUAUGCAGGAUCAACAGCGAAAGCAACUCGAUCUAAUCCUUACGAUUGCAAAGAACAGCAAGCUGUUUGAGAGCAGUAGUAGCAAGCAAACGCCGAACGAACAGAAAGUUAAUAAAGCAGACGUAAUGCCUAAACACACAAGAAUCAGCAUAUGA